AAACAUAAACAAAUUCCUCGGAUAAAAUCAAAUAAAGAAGAAAUAACAAAUCAUUUACAGAUUGUCUUUUAGCCUAUACAAAAAUCUAGUUGUGUCACCAAAAUUGCAUUAAAAAACAAGAACUAAGAUAUGAUCAAAUCCCCAUCCACACUACCAAAUCCCUUCUUCCUCGCCCAUCCUCCAUAAACUUUUGUCUUUGUUUUAAUUCUUUAAUCUCAUUACACAGUUCCCCAUUGAAAAACUUCAACAUAGCUGAACUCAGCAUCACUGAGAAACUUACAAAUGUCAGCCAUGCAAAAGGCUUUAUCCUUUUCAUUCUCUCCAAAUUCCAUGCUGCCUUUUCCCUCCUUCCAAAUUCCACCACUCUUUAGUCUUACUUAAAACUUCCUCCUAUAUAUAUUUGUAUGUUUGUGUGUUAUGUUUCACAUAAUAUAUUAACCCAAAUCCAACAUCAUAAUUAAGAAAAAAAAAAGAAGCAGUUGAGUGCAACCAUGGUGACUUUCUUAGAUGAUUUUGAUGACCAAGAACAACAAGAAUUACAUGAAGAAGUAGAAGAUGAAGAUGAAGAUGAAGAGAUUAACAUGAUGGAAUUGCAGAAAAGGAUGUGGAAAGACAGAGUGCUGCUAAAGAAACUCAAAGAGAAAGACAAACACAAAGAGCAAGUGAAACAAAGCACGUUAGAAGAGAAAUCACGUAGAAAAAAGAUGUCAAGAGCGCAAGAUGGCAUCUUGAAAUACAUGCUAAAAAUCAUGAACACAUGCAAAGCAAAAGGUUUUGUUUAUGGUAUCAUCCCAGAGAAAGGUCAGCCAAUAAGUGGGUCAUCAGAGAGUCUACGUGCAUGGUGGAAAGACACGGUGAUGUUUGACCGGAACGCACCUCCGGCGAUCAUCCGUAGACCGGCGGAGGAGAUGGAAGGAGGAGUAGUACUACUGGAGAAGAGUACUAUGGUUUCUUUUGUUGAAGAGCUGGAGGAGUUGCAAGAUAGCACACUGGGAUCACUGUUAUCAGCUUUGAUGCAGCAUUGUGUGCCACCUCAGAGGAGGUUUCCAUUGGAGAAAGGGUUGGCGCCGCCGUGGUGGCCGACGGGAGGUGAGAGUUGGUGGGGAGUGCAAGGGAUGGCGGUGGAGCAUGGGCCGCCACCGUACCGGAAACCACAUGAUUUGAAGAAGGCAUGGAAGCAGAGUGUUUUGGUUGGAGUGUUGAAGCACAUGGCACAUGAUAUGGAUAGAGUGAGGAGGUUGGUGUGGCAGUCAAAGAGGUUGCAGAAUAAGAUGAGUGCAAGGGAGAGUGAGACAUGGAGUAAGGUGGUGAAUCAAGAGGAGGUGAUGGAGAGGAUGAAGGUGGUGAAUGAUCAUAAGAGGAAGUUGGAGGAGGUGAUGGAUGAGACAUGGAUGGAGGAGUUGAUGGAGAUGUAUGAGAGGGAUGUGGGAGGGGGAGGGAUGGAGAUGGGGAGAGUGUUUGAGGAGGAGAGAGAGGAGAUGGAGAUUAAGGCAAUGUUGGUUGGUGAUGGUGAUGGUGAUGGUGAUGGUGAUGAUGAGAUGAGGGUUUGGAUAGGAGAGGAGUUUGGGGAAGGGAGUAGUAGUGCCAGUUGUGGUGCUAGUACUAGUACUACUGGUACUAGUGUUGUUUGGGAUUUUGGGUUUGAUUGA